AUGCCGGAGAGGCCAGUUACGAUCGCAUACGCGGCCGGAGCUGGAUUGGCUGCGAUAGCACUAGUUUAUGUCUUUCAGCCCACCUUCUUCAUCGAUGGAGAGUCCGCCGGUACUUCUGCGAGCUCAAGAAAGAGAGGGAUUGUAGGCCUGUCGAACCCUGCCAACGACUGCUACAUCAAUUCGGUCUUGCAGGCUCUCGCUGGUUUGGGCGAUUUACGAAUAUACCUGAUCCGAGAAACGCAUAGGAGGGCUUUGGAUGGACCAGGUGUAUACGGCUAUAUUGUGGAAGACCCGUCUCGAAAAGGCGAUCCAGCGUGGAAGAUUGAGGGGUUGCAGAAUGGGAUUGCCACGAGUGGACUGAAGGAUAUCCUGGAUGCGCUCAACGAGCGCCCGAUAUAUCAAAAGACCAUUUCAGCCACAGGCUUUGUUACGGUAUUAGAGCAGGCUUACCAAAAGAGCAUAUUGCGGCAACAGCAGGAUGCGCAGGAGUUUUUACAGAAAGUGACAGAAAGGCUGGGGGAUGAAUACCAUGCGGGCCAAAGGGCGAGGAAAAAUGCCCUGCUGAGGUUAUCCAACGGGAAUGACUUGGAUCAAGUAUCAGAGAAAAUAGAUUCAGAAGACCAGGAAAACAAGGCUAAUGGGGAGAAAUCCUCGGAAUCGCAAUCCACUGCGAAGGGGGGUCUGGUUUCAAAUGGGACUCGGAAAGGCAUGGGAACACUUCAGAGUCAGGGUAAACAGGCAUCUACGGUGGUUCAGAGUGAACCUGAAGAUGGAUUUCCGCUUGAAGGAGCAACUGCCCAGCAGAUUGAAUGUUUAACUUGCAAGUACCAGCCCAUGGCAAACGAAAGCACAUUCUGCACUAUACAGUUGACUGUGCCUCGGGUCAGCUCAACAACACUAAACGACUGCUUCACCGACAUGUUCAGAACAGAGCAUAUCGAAGAUUUCAAAUGCGAAAAGUGUAGACUUGUUCACGCUAUAGAAAGCUUCAAGCAGGAUUACCAUCGAUCCAAAUCCGAGAAGGACAAGGCAAAGAUAAAAGUAGCCAUUGAAAAGGUAGAACAUGCGAUAGAGACAGAUCCGGAACAGGAGCCCAAAGAUGUUACAUUGCCAGACAAGAAAUUUGCACCCAAAGGAAAAAUCGCAAAACACGUUAAGAUCACGAAAUUUCCCAAGGUCCUAGCAAUCCAUCUCUCACGGUCAAUUUAUGAAGGCUACUCUAUGAAAAAUUCCGCAAAGGUCGCAUUCCCAGAACGUUUACGACUCGGAGGACUUCUUAAUCAGAGAAUGUAUCGCCUCGUAAGCGUCGUUUGUCACAAAGGAAGUCAUGAUUCAGGACACUACGAGUCAUUCAGACGCCAAUAUCUACACCCGCCAUUCUCGACUCCAACUACGUUCCACACAGCUGGUGCAUACAGCAAAACCUCCACACCCAUUUCAACCCCCACAACCGUCCCUUUAGUAAGACCCGAUGAAGAAACAAGCACUAUAUCUUCCACGCCCGAACUUCUCUCCCCAGACCCCAAAUCCUCCACCACCUCCCUCCCAUUCCCACAUCUCGAGAAUAGUGCCAACUCACCAUCCACCACCAACAAGCCCCGCGACGCAGAAACAUCAUCCAUUCGCUCGCUCGCUCACUCGGCUAAAUCCACGCUCUCGAAAGUCCCUAGUAUUCACCAAUCCUCGCCUACUCCCUCAACAACUCAGAAAAGAUCCUCUACCUCAUCACUGAAGAAUGCGCGCUCUAGUAUUAGUGAACUCGUGAGAGGCGGGGGAAAGAAGAAGAGUAAGCAGAAGGCAACGAAUCGAUGGUGGAGAAUCUCGGAUGACCAGAUCAAGGAGUGUAAAACCGGGGAUGUUCUGGGUAUGCAGAAGGAGGUCUACUUGCUUUUUUAUGAGAUGGAGAAGGUUGACGUCUGA